AUGAUUUCCGACGUGGCACUGAAUUUCUGGAGAGAAGGAAAAGAUCGGAAAGAGAUCAGGAUGAACAUCAUGAAUGAAAAAAGUGGAUUUCUGUACUCUAGUAUCAUAGAUGAUCUGGUUGAUCACUAUAUUCCUUUGCCUACCUCUGGAGCUGAAGCAUUCAAGCAUAUCAUCACAAACUUGGCUCUGGAUUUCUGGAGAAAAGGCAACAAUCGGGGAGACCUACAGCUCCAGAGCGAGGGAAUGGAGACUCAAAUCUUCGAAUAUCUCUUCAAUGAUGAGAGCAAUGGACUUUGGCACUCCAGUCUAAUAAAUCAGCAUCUGAUCGAUCACUAUAUUCCCUUCCUACCUCUGGAGCAGAAGCAUGUGCAUCAGUGUGCUAUGGCUGAGAUGGCCCAUCUGAACAUCAAACCAAACUAUGAUGUGGCAGAUGACGUGGCCAGAGGCAUGCCGUACUACCCUAAAGAAGAGAAAAUAUUUGCUGUUAAAGGCUGCAAGUCUGUCAAACAUAAGUUGGUACUCCAUUUAAAAUUGGGGUAUUAA